UUCUUUUGAUAAAAUAAAAUUAAAUAAUUAUAAUAUAAAUAUAUAUAAAAGAAAAACAAAUGUUCACUAAAUUAUUUUUGAACCAAUCUCAUAUAACUUAAUUAUAAAAAUAAUAUUUCUCCUAAUUAGCAAAAAAAGCAAAAAUGGAGCUAACUUUAAGAACUCCAUAUAGAGAAGUAUUAGUUAAUUUUGAUGGUUUUUCAAGAAUUUAAGCCAAAACAAAUGAAGCCGCUUUAUGUGUUUAAAAUAAAACUCCAGCAUCUUUAUAUGUUUUACCACCUGGUCCUUUAAAAAUAAAACUUACAUAAGAUGUCAAAGAUGUAUCAGGAGAUUAUCUUCAUAGCGGUGGUUGGUUAAUUAUACAUGCAGAUAACACUUGUGAAAUUAAUGUUAUGGAUUUAUUUGAAAGAAAGGAAGUUAAGGCUGAUUAAUUUGAUAAAGCAAAUAUUGUUGAUGCAGAUACUAACGCAGGUAAAUAUGCAUAAAAAUCAAGAAAAAAUACUAACAGAAUAUUUUUAAAAGCUGCAACUAGUUGAGAAAAAAUAGAUUAUUUUUUUAUUAUUAAUUUUUUUAUACAAAAAAUAAAUAAAUACAAAAUAAGAUUUAUUAAUAUAAAUAAAUUAAAUAUUAAUUAUUUUUAUGCAUUUUUUAAUUUUUUUUAUAAAAAGAAAAUAAAUAAUAUAGAAUACAUAAUUAUAAAUAUAUGCAUU